UCCUGAAUGUUGCAAUGGCUGUGGCAGAAAGCGCACAGGAUCUAGCCACAAACUGGCAGCUGUGGUGCCGACUUUGCGCUAAGGAUGACAUCCAAGGCAACAUCAAUGUUUUUCUAAAGAACGAAGCGGACACCACGGAUGCAGGAGGAGAUCUAACCAUGGCCAUAGGAAAAUACUUUUGGGUGAAUAUAACUCGAGGCGAGGAGCUGCCCGAAAUGAUAUGCACAGAAUGCCUAGGCCUGGUCACAUCGCUGGUGAACUUCUCGGAGCGCAUCACGAGGGUACAGAAAAUGUAUUGCAUAUUGCAGAGCAGGUCCAAGCAGAAGGCAUUGGAUAUGCGAGAGUUGCGCACCAGAUUCGGACUGCUGGACGAAGAGCGGGAGGCAGUGGUGCUGCCGCAGCAGGCGCUGACGGAAGUACACUAUGUGGUGGACGAGAAGCCGAAAAUAAAUGAGCAGGGCCUGCUGGAAGAGGCGCUGGAGCUGGAGAAUCCGCUUACCCCCUGCCGGCGAACAGAGGGUGGGGAGAACAAAGACGAGGAAAUCAAUGCUGCGGAAGAAGAUGAAUCGCUGGCGGAUAGCGCAGAGGACCUGGCUAGCGAGCCCGGCAGUGCAUCGAGCUGCAGCAGCAAAUCCAGCAGACCCGUCAGAGAGAUAAUACGUCGCAGAGGUCGCAAGAAAGGCAAAGAAAAAACAUCCGAUGGCAAAAUCUAUGAGUGCUCCGAAUGCUACAAAGUCUACACACACACCUGGACGCUGCAACGCCAUAUGCGACAUCACACAAAAGAGGAGGAGGAGGCGGUGUCUGACCAGACGAGUCCCGGUGAGCAGCUGCCAUGUGCCGAGUGCGAUAAGAAAUUUCGUACACGCUACCAACUCCAGCGCCACAUGCAACAGCACGUGCCCAUAACGAAGCGAAAAAUCUAUCCCUGCAACAGCUGUGGCAAGAAGUUCACCAGCAACUAUUCCGCCCAGCUGCAUGCCCAGUAUAUGCACCAGGACGAGCGGCCGCGACCCUUCAUCUGCGAACAGUGCGGCGUCGCCGUGCACUCAAAUGCCGCGCUCAAGGAGCACAUGUUGCGACACACAGACUACGCGCCCUUCGAGUGCGACAUUUGCAAGAAGUGCUUCAAGAGCGCCAACCGCCUCAAGCACCACAAGGAGACACAUGAUCCGCACAAAUACAUCUGUCCAGAGUGUGGCAUGCAGCUGAAUUCGCGGCCCACGCUCAAUCGACAUCGACUCGUCCACACGGAUCAGAUGCAGCACAAAUGCGACUAUUGUGGACGGGAGUUCAAGCGUGCCAAGGCCCUGAAGAAUCAUCUGAUACUGCACACUGGCCUCAAGCCAUAUUCCUGCGACUUUUGCGAUCGCACCUUUGCCAAUGGCUCCAAUUGCCGGACGCACAAGAAGAAGUCGCAUCCCGUCGAGCUGGCCGAACAGGAAGCGGCCGGCGGCGCCAAAACCUAUAACCGCAACAUACCCAAGCUGGAGGCGCUCAAGGCUUUCACCAAAAACAAGGACAAUCUGUCACCGGUGGCCACCAAGCAGAGCGGUUGCUUUGCCUUUGGCAAGAAGCCCAAGCCGCCCUCCACUGUUCCCGAGGCGGCUGCUCCUCCCGCUGCCAUACCCACCAUAGACAACAUUUAUAAUCACAUCAUGAAGCAGUCGCCCACUGUGCCCAAAGAGGAGCUGUCCCCCUCGACUGUCGCCGCCCCCUUUGCGCCAGAACAGCUGCUGCUGACUACGACGGACAAUGGCGUCGAUCUCCUGCAGGCAACUCAGGUGCUCCCAACUAGUCCCAGUUCGAAUCAUAUCGAAGAACCGUCCGAUGCCAGCUCGCAAGUCUUCUCUUAUUGAGCGUGCCACACCCCAGCAUGCCUUUGUGUAUUAAUUAGGCAAUGUACUAUAUGAAAAGCCCAUUGCGUAAAUCCCUAAUUUCUCCCUAAUUCGAAAUCCCGGUUUGGUAUUUAUUUUAAGUUUAAAAACUCUAUAAUUUAGCCUCUACAUUGUAUAUUAUUUCAUCAAAUAAAUACACUAUAGUUAUCAGUGCUUAACUAUAGCCUUCAUUGUAA